AUGUUCGAGAAAAAGUUUAACAUUGAAGUACAAACUUUACAGCCUUUACGUGAGUUUCUUGCACAACUGAAAGAAGAAGGUAGUCAGCCACAACUUAUAGACUUUCAUUAUGAAUUUAAUGAAAAUGAAGAUGGAACUCAUGACUGUCAGUUUGUUAUAUAUUCACCAUUCAAUGAAGUAGCUAAAAAGAAAGAAAAUCCAUUACGUAUAAGAUUUCAAAUCUCUGAACCCAAUGAAGACUUCAAGAAUGUUUUCAAUUAUGAUGCAAUGCUUCCGAGGAAAAAUGAAUUUUCAAAGAUUGUAACACCUGGCAUUUGGGAUAGAAAGCAAGCAAUAUUAUAUUCAAACUUAAGUAAGGGAGUUGAAAAUGAGUUCAUUGGUCAUACAAGAACUUCACCACUUCCUAACCCUAAAUACUAUAAAUUAACUGGCUUCAAUCGUGAGUUUUGGAUAGACAUGUUCUCCACUCAUGACCAUAACUGUCCAGUGUUCUUACCUCCAGACCAUAAGGACAGUCUCUACAUUGAAGCACAACUCUUAAACUCUACCAUCGCAGUAUUGUAA